AUGCAGUACCCAGCACGCACCAUGCGCAUCGCCCUAAGUCACUGCUGGGGCCAAUGCGCCGACAUGACCAAGCUGGGGCUGGAGAACGAAGCGACGUGGCACCACGGUAUUGACCUCGAGUCCCUUUCGCUCAACUUUCAAGACGCCAUCACCGUUACACGGCGGCUUGGCAUCCGCUACCUCUGGAUCGACGCGCUCUGUAUUCUCUAG